AUGGAAGAAAAUCGAUCAAAAUGUCAUGAUUUGACACGGGAAGGCGAGCGGCUCUUUCGAUUGCAUAAAUAUGAGCAAGGUAUUUAUUUUGUUUUGUUAAAAAGUGAUCAGACAGAUAAAACAAAUAUUUGAUAAAUAAAAAAGUUGUUCAGGCAUCACUUUUCUGGAAAGAGCGCUCGAUGUAGGAACCGAUGAUUUUCAAUUGUUGUCAGCGAUUUAUUGCCAAUUGGGAAAUGCUCAUGUCAUGCUCAAAGAUUAUGAAUCAGCGUUGAAAUUCCACACCUAUGACAUUCUUGUUGAAAGGUGAGCUCUUUUUUUGUGAUGCUCAAAAUAAAAACAUAGUUUUGUGUUGCUCUUUUUCUAACCUGAACGUCAUAUGUCUUUUGAACGUUUGAAUUUGAAAAUUGCUUGAAAUUUCACAUAAAUUAUCGCUAAUUUCCUUUCUUUUUCCGUUCGCAGAAAAGAGCAAAAAAGUGUGAGAAUAUCAUUUUUUUUUUUGAUAUAUCAAGAACAUUUUUUGAAUCAUUCAAAAGUUGUUCAUACAAAAAUGAUGUUUGUAGUUUAGUUAGUUUAAGCCUGCCGAAAAAGUUGCCGCGGGCAGUUUUGCUGGAAGUUUUGAGAGCAAAGUUUUGGCAAAAAUGUUCCCAUUUUGUGAAAUUUUUUCUGUUGUUGUUGGAGGCUAUUUUGAGUUAAGAUUACAUUAUUUCCGUUUUUUUUAAAUUCAAAUCUUUAGGGUAACUUUAAUUUUUGUAGAGAACUUCGCAAAUUUUCUCGAUCUCUGAAUUUUCCAAAAAAUAACUAAUUUCCUUGAAAUUUUGCCCUUUGUCACAAGUCUAGCCAAAGAACCCAAUGUUGGAAUGAAAUACAAACAUAUUAUAAUUUUUCCUAAAAAACUUAUUGUUAUUAAUAAUUCAAGGUGUUCAAAUUUUAAAAAAAUCAAUGAGCUUUUCCAAAUCAAAUCUUAUAAAUCUAAAACCAUAAGUUUCACUUGUGUUCUAAUUAUUAUAAAAAGUUUCACGAUUUGCGAUUUGAAUUUGAUAUUUCCUCAAAAAAAUAUCCGAAAAGUUUAAACUUCCUGGUUGAAAUCAAACUUCUACAAUUUUCCAUCGCAUAGAUUACAAAAUGACAUUUCUUGGGAAAUCAUCUUCUGAUUAUUUUAAAGUCAGAACGUUGUUUUCUAAAUGAGGCACUGAAAUUGAUUUUCGAUCUGUUCUCACAUCCAGAAAAAUCCUAAUUAUUUGAAUUCAGUUACAAUUUUGUAAUAUAUUUACCAAAUAACCGCAGUGGGAUUCACAGUAUAAUUCAUUUCCGCGAACUUCAUAGUUCAUCGUUAAUUGAGGAAAUUGUGAUAUUUCCCAUGAUAUUUUCCAAUAUUUAUCAAUUUCCUCAAAAUCAUUUCAUAAUUAAGUUCAUUUUUCUACAGAAUGCUUGGAAACAAAGAAGGUGAAGCGAAAUCUUGUGCAAAUCUCGGAAGUAUUUUCAAGAUGAAGGGUUCAUUUAACGAUGCGCUCAGUUUCACUUUCCGCCAGUUGGAAUUCGCCGAAGAGCUUAAAGAUCUUGUAAGUCCCACUUCCCCCGCGAAAUAUAUAUUUAUUCAAUUAUUUUUGCAGCUGUUGGAAUCUAGAGCAUACUACAAUAUUGGUACAAUUUACAUUGAACGCGGAAGAUUCACCAAACUUCAUAUGACAGAAGAAGAUGAGGAGGAAAAAACGCGUGAGGCAACAUCGGAUUUUGAAAAUGCUAUCAAAUAUUUUACAAUGAAUUUGGAAUUGGCUCAAAAAGCUGAAGACGCUUUGACAACUGGUAGAUGUUACGGGAGUCUUGGAAAUACUUAUUAUUGUCUAGGCAACUAUGAAAAAUCGAUACAUUAUCAUAAACUUGUGAGUUUUCAAUUCGAAUUUUUUACACUUUUAGCAAGUUCCCCAUACAAAAAGUAUCCUUGUCAGUUUCAUUUCUCCCCACGCGAUUUAUCUAAUUGUUGUUUGCAUUGCCCUCAUUUUGUCAGAAUUCCAAAUUUUUUUGGCGCAUGUUUGUAACUUGAUAGGUUCUUCGUCCCCCCAUGUGACAUCAAGGUUUUUUAUUUCACACCUUGAUAUUUUACAAGAAUCUGACAAAAUCAUGUGAGCUCUCAUAAUAAUAAUAUGUAUUGUGAAAGAAACAAUUAUAGGGUACGAAUAUGCACUUUUUCUCAUAUAAUUUGAUAUCUUAUAAUGUGUGGUCUGUGACAAGAUAGAUUACGGUAUCUGAAAAAUAUAUACUUUUUUUUGAAAAUCAGAUUAUAGAAUAAUGAUAAUUAAUUUGAUGAGAUUAUUUCGAGUUCUUGGAAAUAAUGACAUUAUAUUUACUGCAAGAAAAAAUUUCACAUGAAAUUUUAGGAUUAGAAAAGAAUUAUUGAGGGACUGGUGUUGGUGUUUGAUGUUUUUUGACAUUGAACUCCUAAACUAUGAAUAAUGUAUUAGUGGAAUAGUUGGGAACCUGGAAAAUUGAUGAUGAUGUAAUUUGAAUAAAGCUCAAAGAUUGGAUAAGGAACUUUGUGUGUUUUUUUGCUCUUAAUCUUAAUACAAAGAAACAUUGUUUUUGAGAGUUGAAAAGAAGAUUUAUAGAAUCUUUCUUUGAAAAUUUCAUAUUUUUCAUGUCAACAAAAAUUCCACUAAUUAUCAAUUCAGCUCAUCAAAGAAUUAUUUACGAGAACUCACAUUUUGACAUGUUUUUUUCUGAAGAGGAUAUUUUUUUUGAAUGCGUUUACGAGAAAACUUGAAUUUAAAUUUUUGAUGCUCCGAAUUCAAAAAAAUGUGCUUUUGUUUCUUUAAAAGCACCUGAAGACAUUUCAGAACAUUCUAUGUUUCUCAAAUUUUAGAUACAGUACUCGAAAAAUCACCUGCAAAAUUUGCACUUUCAGAAUAAUCACCUGUUUCUUCCCUAUAUAAAAGAUUUUGAUUUUUUCAAAGUUUCAGAUUACUGUAUCUCCUAGAAUAAUCUGAUAAAAAUUGUUGAAACUCAUAAUCCACGGCUAUCCCAAGAUCCUCUUUAGAGACUCCGAAGUUGUUUUAUUCGGAACAAAUCAAAUUAAUUCCGCGCGCUUAGUUGUCUAUAAAAAACACUUUGUCUUGAUUUUCCUUCUCUUCUGAUUGAGUUAUUCAGACAUCUAAAUCGAAUUUCGUCACACACGUGUUGUUGUUAUUAUUAUUAUUAAAAAUCAGUAGUAAUUCAUUGUUAUUUUCCAGAGGCUCGAAUUAUCUCAACAAUACGGCGAUCGUGCGUCAAUGCGACGUGCUCAUGCAAAUAUUGCAAAUUGUCACGCUCUGAAAUCUGAUAUGCCAGCAGCGAUUAAACAUUAUCGGUGAGUUAAUCCUAUGAUGUUAUCUAAAAGAUUAUUCAUGUUUUUGUUUUUUCUUCUUUCAGAUUAGCCUAUAAUAUCGCAUCUGAAUUGUCAAAUCGUUCCGAAGAGGCACAAAUGGCUUAUUCGCUUGCCAAUGCUUUGUAUAUUACUAAAGAUUUUCCGAAAGGUUUGUAGCAAAAACUACAAUUUUAUGUGGUGAAAAUCUGAGAAAUUUUUCGUUCUUUUAAGAAAAAAAAACUCAAUUUCCUUCUUAGAUUUUCUUUUGAACAACGAGAAAAAAGUUUUCAUUUGACUUUUAUUUUGAAGAAAAGUGCAGUGUUUUUGUUUUCAUCAAAUUUCUAAUUCCAAUUGAUGUGAGGUUUUUUCUUUGAAAUAAUCUGAAAAUAAUAAAAACCGGAAAGGUCAAGCUCAUUUAUAAAAUUUUAGAAUUUGUGGAUUCAUUGAGAUCUCACAGUCAGAAAAACUGAUACCAAAAAAAAUCUGUCCAAGGAAUUUAUUUUAUUCAAAUUUUUCUUGUUGUUGUUAUUCUUUUUUUCCCUUUCUCCUUGAUCGAUCAAGGAGGAAAUUCAAAUUUGCAUUUUAUCUUGUUAUUUUUUUGCUAUUCCAUUUUCCAAAUGUCAUCAUUUGACCCUCGAAUUUCUCAUUUUCCAUCUCACUUGACGAAUCCUAGAAAAAAAUGAGGCAUUUUUUGAGCCCCCAAAAAAAUCUUGAAACAUUUUUUAUAUGUUCAAAUUUUCCCCAGAGGAGAAGAAAGAAAAUGAUUUAUAGAAGAGGAAGUUUUUUUCAUCGCUCGCUGAAACUUUAGAAAAAAAAACUUCUGUAAUAAAAUAUUCAACUGUCCUUUCCAGUUGAAUAGUUUUUCCCCAAUUAAUUAAUUAUUUCAUUUUUCCAGCUAUAACUUAUUUCUUGCGCCAUUUGGAUAUCGCCAGAAAACUUGAGGACAAAUCCGGUCAACUCAGAUCCUAUUACUCGUUGGCUCAAGCAUUCCAAAACAUUCGUGAUUUCCGAAAAAGUCUAUAUUUCCUUGUUCUCGCAAAAAGAAUGGCACUUCAGGUUGGUAGUGUCUAGUGUAGUAGUGUACAUGAGAAAAUGAAAAUGAGAAAAAUAAACUCGUCAGUUUUUUCGCUUUCAAUUAGAAAUGGACGCGAAAAGGAAUUAACUAUCAAUUAAAAUCGAGCACAAGACGUUUUUGCUCGUUUUUUCUUGUUCUUCUUGCCGACUUCUUUUAUUUUUUGCACAUACUCUUCUUCAAAAUAUACAUACAUUUCUUUUAGGUCGAAGACACUAACACAAUUGUUGAUAUUGACAAUUUGCUCAAGGAAAUUUUGGAUGCUGCAAAAUCCACAGUCUUAAUCGAUAACACUGAGGUGAGCUCUUUUGGCACAAUUUUUAGUGCAAACCCCGCCCCCUUUUUUCUUUUUUUCUUUCAUAUAAAAAAUGAAGGCGGAGCUUUUCCAUUUUCUUUUUUUUUCUCUUAUUGAGUUCAAUUUCAGCAGCUAACUUGACACUUCUGAAAAAUAAGCUGUUUUCAGAUUAUCAUUGAUCCGUCAGCUGACCCACACGGCCCACAAAUUGAAAACAACGAGACGCUUUUAUCGUUUUUCAAAAAGCGAACAUUAACUGAUCGCCCGGUGAACGUAUGUUUUUUUUCAACAUGUGAUCUUGACAUUUAUUUUUUGAGAAAAGCAAACUUUGUUGUUGUUGAAAAAAAUAAAUAAUGUUUUUUUUUGCAGGACGCGGAAGAUCCGCACGCCGGCGAUCGUUACGACAAAGAGGAGUUCUUUGAUAUGCUAGCGCGUUUGCAAUCAAAAAGAAUGAAUGAUCAACGCGUCGAUGUCACAUUAUUGAAUCCAGAUAGACCGGUAAAAACACGCCGACAGGCUGACACUGAGCCGGAUAACUCGUCAACAGGUUCGUCGUUUUUUGCAUAUUAAUUUUGUUUUUCUCCCCAUCUUUUUCUCUUUUUAUCCAUUUAUUCUAAUUUUCAGAUGGCUCUGAAGUAUUGAUCGAUCUUCUCUUGAAUGCUCAAGGUCGUCGUAUGGAAGAUCAACGAGCUCCAUUUUUGCCAGGGCUUAAUGAGCAUGGACAAUUGAUUUUGCGUCGUUUGAACACGUUAGUUAAAUUUUAUUUUAAUAAGCCCUACCAUAAGAUGGAAUUUACUGAAAAAAAACUUUUUCCACCUGCACACACUAGUCUUUUAACUCUUUCAAAACCAAAUUUUCCAGUGAAAACUCCACCGAUGAAUUGGACAGUCAUUUGGUCGAAUGGUUGAUGCGUGUUCAAAGUCAACGUCUCGACGACCAACGUAGUGAAUUGCCAAAAGCGUUGCGUCAAGAUGGUGUACACCCACUAAGCUUCCGUCAAUCGUCUCCACCAAAAGCUGGAUCAUCAUCCGCCCCAUCAACAUCAGCCGCCUCUUCUCCACUCCCAAAAAAUAAAGCAAAAGAAGAGGAAGAUGUUACCAAUAUUGUUCUUCGUAUGCAAGUUGGUCGACUCGAAGACCAACGUGCACAUUUGCCAUCAACUUCAUCAUCCAGCAACUAA